GUGACAGCUUAUCUAUAAAAUAAACUUGUGCAAUGCAAUGCAAAUUGCAAACGCAUACAAAUACAUUAUUGUAUUUUUAAUAAAAAAAGUAAUUGAAGAUUAUUAUGAAUCUUCCAUAUAUACUUAAUAUCACUACUAGUUCCUUUUACUUUCAUACACAAAAAGUUUGGCAAUGCCAUUUAACCUGUGAUCAAACUUUUGUUCUCUAAUGUUUGUGAAUGACGUGUAAUGUUUCCAACGGUGGACACUGAAGAUAUUGUACAGGGCACGUCAUUACAACCAAUAAGUGUUUCUAGCGAUGCACAGGAUUCGUCUGAAAGUACCCAAAGCAACAAACAAAAUAAUAAAGAGAUAACCCUUAACAUGCUCAUCAAGGAAAUGGUAUUUUGUAUAGCACUUGCCUUGACAACAUACGGUGCUCUUCAUAACACGCCCACAAAGAUUUCUAAGCACCCACAGGCAGUGAGAUUUUUUGGGCCAGACUCUGUAGUGACAGACUGGUUUAGAGGUCAGCUGAGCAGUGCACUAACCGUGGUUAAUAAGGCUGAUAUAUCAUUUGUUAUGUAUUAUGCUCCAUGGGAUGCUGAGUCUCAAUAUGUCCGAGGGGAAUUUGAAAAGGCUGCUAUAAUAUUAAAUGAUAGAGUACAUUUUGCAGCAAUCAAUUGUUGGAAUCCAGGCAGUGAGUGCAGAUUACAGCACAACAAAAUACCAUCAUGGCCAAUUUUGAUGGCAUAUAAAGUUAAUUCACAAGGAGUUCUCUACAAAGGUCCAAGGGAUGCACACAGUAUCGUCAAGUUCUUGGAGUUAAUCAUAAGACCUUUGAACAGGGUGUCAUCUACUGAGGAGCUUGUUAAUCUUUUGUCAAUUUGUGAUGCCGUAGCUGUUGGUUUUACGCCUCUAGCAGACACUUCAAGACAUUAUAAUGUUUGGUACACUGUCGCAUUAAAGGCGCGUGAGUUUGACACUGUUGGGGAAAUAUGUUUUGCUGUGGUGACAUCAGAGGAGCUUGCUCUGGAUCUUGGAGUAGAGACAGUGCCAAAUGCACGACUGAUGCUAUGGAAUGAUACAAUGGAUUAUAUUUCUGAUGGCAAUCAUAACACGUCUUGGAAUGACACGUCGCUUCUUCACUGGGUGCUGGAGAACUUCACACAGCCCGUUGCGAGAGUCAUACCGAUGUGGAAGAAAGCAUUCAGUUUCCAGAGAUAUGUGGACGGGAACCCAAUAUUAAUUUUAUUUACACCACUCAACCCUUUGUAUGAACAAUUACCGUCAUAUGCAUUGUUGCGUGAAGUAGCUAUGGAGUAUCACAAUUGCCACAACAACGAUACUAGUCAGUGGACGACUGAACUUUUGAAAUUGCAACAAGUACAAAGGCUUCUUUACGAGCAGAAGAACUUUUUGAAAUUUUGCCAAGAUUUCAAAUACAAGAAGCCUAUAAUAAAACGCAAUCGGUACUACAGGAAGGGAGUCGUAUCCCAGAAUAAUAAAUAUCCGUGGAUAAAUGUUACACAGAAGUAUCAGAAGAACAGAUCGUCUGAUUUUUUGAUGAAAAAGGGAUUGUCUAUUACAAAAGUGAUGGAGAGUUCAGACGAUGAAUACCAAGUGAUGUCUGUGCUAGGUCUCUUAGAUGAAUGUACUAAAGAACUUCCGGCUGAAAGGGCCUUCUACGAUAACUAUGAGAAGUGCUCAUCUCUCGAAGAUUUUAGUCUUGAUCUGGAGGAGCAUGAUGAUCAUGAACCAAUAGAAACAACAAUGCUACCGUUUGAAGGCGACCAUCUGGCAGCCGAAAAUCUAUUAGAAGAAAAUGUUAAUCAUUUCUGCAAGCUAACAAGGUUUGCGUAUGAGUUGGGUCCGCCUGUGGUGCCCUCAAAAGUUCCAAAUUCGGAACUAAACGUAACAGAUAUAAAUGGGUUGUCGUGUGAAAAAAACUUCAGUUUACAUAUGCUCGCUGUGGAUAGUGUGACCAACCAUCAUUUUGCCGAAUUUCUUGGUAUAGACGUCGCAAACAAGAAAGACAAAACUACUGUCGUCAUUUUAGACAGUAAGCACGAGAGUCAAUAUAUCCUCUCAGAAGAGUAUAGUGCCAAGUCGAUUCGAGAAUUUAUCUACAACUUCACUCACAAGAAACUGAAGCGAUCGCUGCGUACGCACGUAGAGGACGCGUCACACACGCAUUACUACGGAUCGGAUGGAAAUGAACAGAUGGAAAUCACAAAUGACACUAUACAUAUAGUUGAUCUGACUACUCGAAGCUUCAGGAAAAUGAUCAAGACGCCGGGGGUGAUAACGUUGGUGGUCGUGUGCGGCGGGCCGUGCUAUGCGCACGUGUCGCGCGCGCUGCUGGCGGCGGCGCGGCUGCUGCGCGCGGGCGCGCUGCGCGUGGCGGCGGCGCGGCUGGACGCGCGCGCGCACGACCUGCCCUGGCCCUACACGCCCGCCCGGCUGCCCGCCGUCUUCGUGUUCCCCGUAAGAGACCGCGAGGCGCGUUCCCGGUCGUACCCCGUGGAGGAGCGCGUGUCUGCGAGCGGGCUGGUGUCGCUGGCGUUGCGAGCGUUGCAAGUUCCUGCGCAUCUGCGCGUGCGACUCGCCAUAUGCCAAUCCGCAAAGGGUAUUGUUGAGAAAAAGACUUGUUUGAAGGACAUCAAGGAGCACUGUACUACAAUUAUCGGUAGUAAUCUUAAAUAUUGGCGUCGAAGCGAGCACAGAGAGCUCAAAGAUGCGCUUUACAGAAGAUUGCAACAUUUACAUCAAGUCUCAUUAGACCUCAGUCUAAUGCACGUCACGGAUCUCACUGAAAACAGCAUGAAACAACAGACUCUAUUAAAUUCACUUAGUUUAUUAGCAAACAAUUGGGACAUUGACGUCUCCAUCCUAAACACGAAAAGUUGAUAAUAGACAUUAUGUAUUUUGUAAAUAGUGUACAUUGACCUUUUAUAUAAAUAUCUAUGUUAUUUAUUUUUAGAAUCAAGCGUAAAUAUAAAUUGUUGAAAUUAAA